UCAAAUCUGAGCUGGACCGGCCGCCAUCGAUACUCGCGUAUUCGAGGCUGCUGGGCUACCUGGUGGAUAAAUGCUGCUCUAGUCAAUGUUGUCAUCUUUUUUGUCAUUUUGUUGCUCACAUCUCCCACCUAUUUGAUCAAGACAUUAGACGAACUCGGGCUGAUGAAGCUAAUGUCCAGUUUCAUGCACCCUUUAGUGGCAAAUUUCAUGCCCAGCAUCAUUCUGGCCAGCAUCUCGGCGCUCACCCCCUGGUUGGUUGCAGCCAGCGAGGACAGCAUUCGACACUGGACGGUCGGAAUUCGUGAAAUGGCCGUGCAGACGAGAACAUUUGCAUUUCUUGUCAUCGUGACACUCAUCAUACCCUCCCUUGGGUUGACCGGUCUUCCCGCUUUCUUCUAUUGGCUCACCGCCCCAUACGAUCAGGACCAGCCGACGUUGGACUUGCACAACAACGUUACCUUUUCACACCAUUUUUCUGCAGUAAUCAACUCUUCUUCAGCCACAUUUGAUUCUCACCCUUAUCCAAUGGCUACUAAUUUAUCUACUCUCUCCCCACUCUUCGCCGGCAAUACACUGCCUCCUCUGCCGCGGCCACCGAUCCGGCUUGAAUGCAUCUUUUUGCCCGACGGUGGGGCAUUGUUCGUCAACUAUGUCAUUUCUUGCAGUCUCAUUGGCGUCAUCUUGUCUCUCCUCAGGCCGGCGUCUUUGUUUUCCGCCAUCAGACUUCGACUAUUCACUGUUCACUCGUUGGCCGAGCAACGUAUGAUCGCGAAGGCCGCCCACUCAGUCGAUCAACCCUUCUGUGUCUAUCUUUUUGGUACACCGGGCCUGUCUCAUUUUGCAUGA